AUGGCUUCCGUAUCCACAGGGGCUGCAGGUCUGCAUCCUUCCAUUGGCCUCAUGGUCAAUGUGAAAGCGUCCUUUUUUGGGAAAGCUUGGGCAAAGGAAAACUUUGGGGACAAGUGGGAGACGGAAACCCUUGUGGGCCACAUCGAGGUUCACAAGCCUGGAAGGGGAAAAACACCUGCAAGGUGGCAGGUCAAGUUUGACUUUGAUGGCAGCGUCUACUGGUGGACGCUAGAGGUGCUUGUGGGGCAUGGGGCACCCCGUCGAUUGCUGGUGGGGGAUGAAGAGGACGCUGCUGGGGGGGCUGCCGGGGGGGCUGCCGAGGCGAGGGCUGACCCUGAGCAAGAUCUCAGGACACCCCAGAGCAAAAGAAGGGGAACUGGCGGGGAUGCAGUUGAGGAUGCUCCUCGUGUGAGGAGAGCAGUUCGGCCGCCAGCUCGGCUGGUGGAGUCUGACGAGGAAGAAGAGGACGACGAAGAGGAGCAGUCCGACGAGGGGGACAAACCGGAGAGUGAGGAAGAGACGGAGAGUGAGGAAGAAGCCCGGCAGUCAGCCCCUGUUUCUCGGAAGGGGAAAGAAAAAGUGCCAGUGGAACGGGAGCCCAUGAAGAAGAGGGCUGCCAAGGCCAAGGCGAGGAAGAGAGUCCCCCGCCAGCUGCUGGAUGGAGCGUCAAGUGGGGAAGAGGAGUUCUCCGAUGACGAGCAGCUGGAAGACGAGGGGGACCCUUUGGAGACAGCGGGGGAGGCGGCUGCUCCCUCCUCGUCUGCGGCGCUGCAGUGGGAAGCUGUGGAGGAGGGGGAUGACUGCGCCUUCAUCCAGCCCCCGGAGUGGAAGGGUGGCCGGUCCAGGGUUGUGAGGGGAGUCAUCGGCAGCCUGUCCCUGCUCAAUCCCUUUCAGAUCUUUCUGCUGCUGAUUCCGCUGGAAAGGUUUUGGGAAGGGACAGUCGAGCAGACGAACUUGUACGCAGAGGUCAGCAGGGGGGAUGCAGGCCCAACAGAGAAAGGGAAGCAACGGGGUUGGACUCCUGUGACGUUGCAGGAGCUUUUGAAGUGGGUUGGUAUUGUCUUGUCCAUGGCCUUGCAUCCCCCGCCUCAGCUGUCUGAUUACUGGCGCAGUGGCAGAAUUGGCAACGUCACCUUUCCUGAUACCAGUCGUACGGGCAUGUCUCAGAAUCGGUUUGAGCAGAUAAAGCGUUACUUGCAUCUGAAUGACAACUCGCAGCGACCAGCUGAUAGGAGCACUAGAAAGUACCGCCUGUGGCAGUUGCUUCCCCUCCUAGACACUAUCAAUGAUACUUUCAAGAAGUUUUACAGGCUUGGUCAGUAUGUCACUUUUGAUGAGCGCACCAUCCCCAUUAGGAAUAGAGCCUGCCCCGUUAGAGUUUAUAACCCUAAGAAACCCCAUAAGUUUGGGGUUGAGGUUUUUGCCGCUGUAGACGCUGUAACUUUCUAUUGUUGGCACCAGCAUGUUUACGAUAAAAUCAAGUGCCAGGACCUGCAUGCAAAGAUGGUAGACAUCCUGGCUGACACUUUGCCUCGAGAUCUAGGGCAUGUCUGCAUUUUGGACAGGGGUUUUACAGCGCCAGUUGUCUUGCAGUCGCUCAAAGCUAAGGGUUUCAGUGGGACAGGGACGUGUGUUACAAACAGAAAGCAGUUUCCAGCUCACAUGCUGAAGCUGGAUAAGGAGGCGGAGAGGGGAACGGUGGUGGCUGCAGUGGAGAGGGAGCAGGGCAUGGUGGCGUUUGCUUGGAAGGAUAGACAGCCAGUCUUUUUUGUCAGCACGUCGCAUUGUUUGUUGAUGGGAGAAACUGAUCGCCGACUUGGCGCUGCAGUGGAUCAGAUUCCGUGUCCUGAGGCUGCGUACGUCUACAAUAAGUAUAAGGAUGGGGUAGAUCAGUUUGACAAGGCGUGUUUGAGUCAGCACUAUAGCGCUGAGAUGGAGGUGGUUUCGAGGAAGUGGUGGAUCCGGGUCUUUCUUGGGUUGCUGGACAGUGCUUUCAGCAAUGCCUACAUUCUGUUCAAAGAGGAGCACCCGGAGGUCAGCAGGUUUGAGUUCAUGCUCACUCUGCAACAGCAGUUGGUGGAGAACACACAAGACAAUCGGCUGUCUGGCAGGGGGUCUGGAGGAGGAGCCAGCAACAGCAGCCAGCACUUCUGCGAGAAGACGGAGGGGAACAAGCGCAGGCGGUGCAGGCUGUGUGCGCUGAAGAACAUGGGAGUAGAAAAGGAGGGUAGCCGUACUCGAUACUACUGCUAUGCUUGCAAUGUCCCCUUGUGCUUUGGGGACUGUUUCAAAGAGUGGCAUAACACGGAGAGAUUGGAAGGAAGGGACUUUGGGGCAAAGAGAAAGAGGAUUCCUAAGUAG